AUGCUCAUCAAGUACACCAGUGAGCUACUGUUUGUAUAUCAGCUGGAGCCUGGGUUGAAGAGUGACAGCAAUGCAAAUAGGGAUUAUUUUUGGAAUGUGUUCGCCCAGCGUCCCUCCCACAAAAGGAAAGGCGGUCAGGUGCGAUUUUCGAAUGAUCAGACUGUGGAGUUGGAGAAAAAGUUUGAGAUUCAGAAAUACCUUUCGCCACCAGAGAGGAAACGCCUCGCCAGAUCCCUGCAGCUCAGUGAAAGGCAGGUGAAAACAUGGUUUCAGAACAGGAGAGCAAAAUGGCGAAGACUAAAACAGGAUUUGACCGAGGAAGAGAAACCCAACUGGUUCAAAGCCGAGAAAGGAGAGCUCAUUGACCCCAACACAGAGGCGGGAGCGCAGCAGCAGACAAAAAUGAUCGAAACGCACCAGGAAUUCUUGGCCCGCUCCCGCUGGAGUCCAAGGGAAUCGGAUUCACAGAGCACCAAGCAGGACAGUGAUGAGGAAGUGGAUAUUCAUUGCGACAAGGCCAAAGAUUUCAACAGUCUGUCACAGACAGAGGAAACAGGUCACGCGAAAUAGAUGGCCUCCCAGUGGAAUGUGAAAAGGACUCUAAAUGCACUUAGCGUCUCUCUCCCCUGCUACACUCCUUAGAAACUGUGAAUCAGGGUCAGAAUUAGAGGGGGGAAAAGAACACUGUUAAAUCUUGGACCAAUUGCUUGCCACGACAGUGAGGUAAUUCAAGACAUGUUCUUAGGUCUCAAACCCUACCACAGCAUCCAUCACCUGCAGCUUUCGAUCUGACCCUGUCAGUGGGUCAGAGAUGAUGGGUAAAGGGCUAAUGCUGACAGGGGUAAGCAUUCUAAUCUCAACAGCAGGAACAAAGUCUCCCCUUCUUGAAAAUGAAGUGAUGAAUUUGGCCGGCCCAACCUUGUGUCUAAGUGACAACAGGCCCAUUUACAGCCUGCAUUUUAUUUAGAGUCAGACAUAACGAACAGACUCAGUGUUUUCGGAAUACACUUCUCCUGACUUUGUGUCAUCUGGGAGUGUUUGAUGGGAACAGUGUAGAGAGAGCUUUACUCUGUAUCUAACCCCGUGCUGUCCCCGUGCUGGGAGUGUUUGAUGGGGACGGUGCAGAGGGAGCUUUACUCUGUAUCUAACCCCGUGCUGCCCCUGUGCUGGGAGUGUUUGAUGGGAACAGUGUAGAGAGAGCUUUACUCUGUAUCUAACCCCGUGCUGCCCCUGCCCUGGGAGUGUUUGAUGGAGACAGUGUAGAGAGAGCUUUACUCUGUCUCUAACCCCAUACUGUCCCUGCCCUGGGAGUGUUUGAUGGGGACAGUGCAGAGGGAGCUUUACUCUGUCUCUAACCCCAUACUGUCCCUGCCCUGGGAGUGUUUGAUGGGAAUGGUGUCAAGGUGGUCUACAUUCAGCUUAAAGAAAUAAAGAAUAGUUUACUUCCAUUCUAAAUAAGUAGAGGGUGUUUUAUAUCUAACUCUGUGCUGUACAUAACCUGAGAAUGUUCGAUGGUGAUGGUGUUGAGGAAGCUGUGCUCUGCAUUUAACCCAGUAGUGUCCUUUCUGCAAGUGUUUGAUGGGAACAGUGUCGAGGCCAAUUUUACUGUUAGUUUAAAAGAAUAGUGAGAGCUUUAAUUUCAGUUUAAAAGAGUUGAGGGAGCUUCACUCUGUAUUUAAGUCAGUGCUGCCCAGUGUUUGAUACACACAGUGUAAAAGGAGCAUUAACUUCAGUUUAAAACAGUAAAAACAUAUUUACUUUCAGGUUAAAAUAGUAAAGGGAGCUUUACGCUGUAUCUAAUCCCGUGCUGUCCCUGUCCUGGGGGUGUUUGAUGGGGACAGCGUAGAGAGAACUUUACUCUGUAUCUAACCCUGUGCUGGGAGGGUUUGAUGGAGACAGUGUAGAGGGAGCUUUACUCUGUAUCUAACCCUGUGCUGCCCCUGCCCUGGGAGUGUUUGAUGGGGACAGUGUAGAGGGAGCUUUACUCUGUAUCUAACACUGUGCUGUCCCUGUCCUGGGGGUGUUUGAUGGGGACAGCGUAGAGAGAGCUUUACUCUGUAUCUAACCCUGUGCUGUCCCUGCCCUGGGAGUGUCUGAUGGGGACAGUGCAGAGGGAGCUUUACUCUGUAUCUAACACCGUGCUGACCCUGUCCUGGGGGUGUUUGAUGGGGACAGCGUAGAGAGAGCUUUACUCUGUAUCUAACCCCGUGCUGUCCCUGCCCUGGGAGUGUUUGAUGGAGACAGUGUAGAGGGAGCUUUACUCUGUCUCUAACCCCGUGCUGUCCCUGCGCUGGGAGUGUUUGAUGGAGACAGUGUAGAGGGAGCUUUACUCCGUCUCCAACCCCGUGCUGUCCCUGCGCUGGGAGUGUUUGAUGGAGACAGUGUAGAGAGAGCUUUACUCUGUAUCUAACCCCGUGCUGUCCCUGCGCUGGGAGUGUUUGAUGGAGACAGUGUAUUGGGAGCUUUACUCUGUGUAUAACCUUGUCGUGGGAACAUUUGAUGUGGGACGAUGAAGAGGAAGCUUUACUCUGUAUCUAACCCCAUGCUGUCCCAGUCCUGGGAGUGUUUGAUGGGGACAGUGUAGAGGGAGCUUUACUCUGUAUCUAACUCUGUUCUGUCCCUGAUCUGGGAGUGUUUGAUUAAUAAUUAAAUCUGCUUGGUCAGGCCACGUUGAGUGGUUGUGGCUGUCAAUAAGACAGCCAGCUUGCUACUGUCCUUUGGGGUCGAAAACCCAUGCUGUUCUUACCUAGUUUGACUGAGAUGUAACAUCAGUCCCACAUCUGAUGUGGUUGACUGUUCCCUGUUCUGAGAAUUGGCUUAGCAAUCUUUGUUCAGAUACAUCAAACCACUAUAAAGAUUACAAAAACAGAAGUUGCUGGAAAAGCUCAGCAGGUCUGGCAGCAUCUGUGAAGAAAAAAAUCAGUUAACGUUUCGGGUUCAGUGAUCAUUCCUCAGAGCUCAUAAGUAUUAACAAGAGCACAUUGAUUGCAGUAAUUAAAGGAGGUUGCCCACAUUUGCCUCAGAGCACUUGGAAGAUCGUAAAAUCCCUGCAGAGUAGAAGCAGGCCAUUCAGCCCAUUGACUCCACACUGACCCUCCAAAGAGCGUCCCAUCAAGACCCACACCCGUAUCCUAUCCCAGUAACCUUGCAUUUCCCAUGGCCAAUCCACCUUCACCUGCACACCUUUGGACUGUGGGAGGAAACCGGAGCACCCGGAGGAAACCCACGCAGACACGGGGAGAAUGUGCAAACCCCACACAGACAGCCGUCUGAGGGUGGAAUCAAACCCUGACGCUGUGAGGCUGCAGUGCUAACCACAUGCUGCCCCAAUGUUGUGCAUUAAAAAAUCACUGAUGCUAAAUUGUUGAAAAUAAAUGAAUCUAAAAAUGCCUGUAAACAAUCAUAAAUCACACAUGUCCACCUAACUCCAAUAGCCCUUUGUCAUUACCCAUAUUUUAGUUUAUUCAUUCAUUGCAUUGCUGGCUGGGCCAGUAGGUAUUGCCAUCUCUAAUUUGCCCAGAGGGCAGUUGAAAGUCAACCAUAUUGCUGGCCCUGGAGUCACAUGCAGGCCAAGGUCAUAAGUCACAUGACACAAGGUUAUCAUCCCAACAGGCUCAUUUGAAACCACAAGCUUUCAGAGCGCUGCUGCUUUGUCAUGUGACAUGACAUGUAGGCCAGGUAAGGAUGGCACUUUCCUUUCCUAAAGGACAUAAAUGAACCAGAUGGGUUUUCAGACACUCAGCAAUGGUUGUAUGAUCACCCACUGACUCCAGUUUUUUAAUGAAUUGAUUUUCCAACAUCUGCUGUGGUGGGAUUCGAACCUGGGUUUCCGGGUUAACAGUCUGGUGAUAAUACCACAAGGCCAACUGCACUCCUCGCUAAUCCAUAUUUGCUCAAGAGACAAGGUACCCUUGGAGUUUGAGGUUCAGGCCAGCGAAUGUCUUUCAUAUUGACUCGCUCUGCUCCAACCACAAACCUGCCCGCAAUUCCCUGAAACCCCUAGGCUGAUAAAAUAUUGUAAAUAUUUCUGAUUUUCAGGUAUUCUUUUCGAUGUUAUUCUUUCGAGGGAUCUCACUCCCCUCAGUGUUUCAGAUUUCCCAAAGCCUUUGCCAAUGACUUUGUUACAGAUCAGGGAGAAUUCCUGUGGUUUCUGGUCACUUGGAAACUAUCCGAGAUCCAAUACGCUCUAUUUUCAAAUUAUAUUUGUA